CCGGGAACCGAGACAGCGGCACGGACAGCGGCUCACCGGGAACCCCCGGGCACGGGGCCACCGGGACGGGCCGGGGUUGUGAGCGCCGGCAGCGGGCGGGGCGGGGAGCCGCCGCGGCUCCUGCAGGUCCCAUCUGAGGGGACCGCGGGGGUUUCCCGCCCUGGGGCUCCUCCAAGAUGCACAGGACCACCCGGAUAAAGAUCACGGAGCUGAACCCACACCUGAUGUGCGCCCUCUGCGGCGGCUACUUCAUCGACGCCACCACCAUCGUGGAGUGCCUGCACUCCUUCUGUAAAACCUGCAUCGUUCGUUACCUGGAGACCAACAAGUACUGCCCCAUGUGUGACGUGCAGGUGCACAAAACCCGGCCCCUGCUCAGCAUCCGGUCGGACAAAACUCUCCAGGACAUCGUGUACAAGCUGGUCCCGGGGCUUUUCAAAGAUGAGAUGAAGAGGAGGCGCGACUUCUACGCUGCCUACCCGGUGGCCGAGGUUCCCCUGGGCUCGCAGGAGGAGCGUGGUGAGGUGGCCGAGCGAGAGCAGGGCACGGGGCCCGAGGAUGACAUCGUCAGUCUGUCCAUCGAGUUCCACCGGGACCGGAGGGAGGAGCAGAAAGGCGCUGGGGACGACGAGGACCUGGACAAGGACAAGGCGCCGCCGUGCCCGCCCAGCCCCGGGCUGCGGUUCCUGCGCUGCCCCGCGGCCAUGACCGUGCUGCACCUGGCCAAGUUCCUGCGCAACAAGAUGGACGUGCCCAGCAAGUACCGGGUGGAGGUGCUGUACGAGGAUGAGCCCCUGAAGGAAUAUUACACCCUGAUGGACAUUGCUUACAUCUACCCCUGGAGGAGGACCGGUCCCCUGGCACUCAAGUACCGCGUCCAGCCCUCCUGCAAGCGGCUCAAGCUGUGCCCGGCGCUGCCGUCCGAGGGCACCAACACCAGCGGCGCCUCCGAGUGCGAGUCGGGCAGCGACAAAGCGCAGAGCCCCGGGCUGGCAUCGCCCCCCGCCCUGCCCGGCCCCGGGCACGGCCCCCCCGGGCACGGCCCCCCCGGGCACGGCCCCCCCGGGCCCGCCCUCAACGGCUCCGCCUCGAACUGUCACCCGCUGCCACCCAGCUGCCACCCGCUGCCCCCCGCCCGCGGCCGCAAAGCCGCCCUGAACGGCAGCGCGGGCUCGGCCCCGAGCUAAAAACCUCCGGGGGCUGCUGGAAACCCGCCUGGGACUCUGAAAAAUCCUCCUGGGACUCCGGAAAAUCCUUCUGAGACUCCGAAAAAUCCUCCCGGGACGCUGGAAAAUUUUCCUGGGACUCCAAAAAAUCCUUCUGGGACUCUAGAAAACACUCCAGGGACUCUGAAAAUCCUCCAGGGACUCCUACAACCCCUCCAGGGAUUCUGAAAAACCCUGCAGGGGCUGCUAAAAAUCCUCCCGGAACUCCUGCAGACCCUCUAGGGACUGCUCAAAACCCCCCAGGGAUUCCUAAAAAUCCUCCUGGGAUUCUUAAAGCCCCUCCAGGGAUUCCUAAAAAUCCCUCCAGGGAUUCCUGAAACCCCUUGCAGACCUCUAUAAACGUGGGUGUGUACAUAGGGACAGAGGAGAGUUCUACGGAAUUAUUUUCUAAUUUAAACAUGCGGAGAAGACACAAAAAUGCCAGCAGAUAUUUUUUAAUGUGGUUUGGGUUGGUUUUGUUAGGUUUUUUGUUUGGUUUUAGUUUGGUUUUGGGGUUUUUGAGGUUUGGGUUUGACUCGUGGAAGCUGCAGGCCCUCCCCCAUCCUGCCCCCAGAGCUGGGAGCUGCCACAUUCCCAAAUUCCCACAUUCCCAAAUUCCUAAAUUCCCACAUUCCUCCAUUCCCACAUUCCUCCAUUUCCACUUUUCCUGGAGGUUUUUCCCUCUCCUCCUCCUCCUCCCUCCCCACUGGGGCUGUGACCACACAGGUGAGGGCCAAGCACAGAACCCAAAACCCCAAAAAUUCCAAAAACCCCAGAGAUUUCCCCCCCUCCAACCCCAGCCUCCCCGGGCUCUGCUGUGGGGUUUUAUUUCCCAUAUUUGGGGUUUUUUUUGUUUUCUUCCGGGGUUUCACACCCCAGCUCGGAGCUGGCAGCUCCAGAUGUUUCUGGAUCUCAUCCCGGGUGUUUCUUGGGGGAUUUCUUUGCUUUCCUUGAAGGCUCUGCCCUUCUGCACAGAAAAUUCGGGGGUUUUUUGGGGGUAUUUUCCUCCAGCUUGGUGGUGGCAGCACAAAUCCCCUGGAAUAUUUUCUCUUCCCAAGGUCCUGACAGCUCCAGGGAAAUCUGGAGGCACCCAAAGGUUGGGAUGGAGCUGCUCCCCGCUUCCCAUGAUCCCAAAUUUUAUUUUUUGGUGUCUCGCCCUUCCCAGCCUCUCCUCCUGUCCUCAUGGUGCGUUUGUAAUAAAAUAAAAUAAAAAUAAAAAUCAGAUUUCAGCGCC